CUCCCUCCUCUCUCUCACACACACAGCGAAAGAGGAAGUCAGACGAGUCAGGAGUCGAAAACGAGAACUUUUCCGUUUCCUUUCAAUAGCAAUCAUAACUAGAAAAAGGAAUUGAAAGGGAGGGGGGGUUCGCCUCUGUAUCCGAUCAACACUUAAAACGAGAGAGUCGGAACAGCGGGCGCUAUUCUGCUGUAGAGACUCGACAGCCAGGCUCGGUAACCGAUCAUUUUCCCAUUUAAAAAUAUAACCCAGAAAUCGAAUAAAAAGGUGCUGUGUUGAUGGAUCAUGGGCAGGAGCUGAGAGACGGACCCCCUGAUAAUCUCUAUGCCGAUGCGCUGGAAAAUCGGGGCCCCCCCGGGGAUACAGGAGGGGGUGCCGUGGGGGAGGGGCUGCAGGAGGAGGGGGGGGCGCAGAUCGAUGAUUUCCUGGGUGCGAAUCAGGAUUAUAACGAGGAGGAGGAGGAGAAGAAGUAUUUCCGCAGGAAGCGUCUGGGAGUGAUUAAGAAUGUCCUGGCAGUGAGCGUGGGCGGCACACUGACCUAUGGGGUGUAUCUGGGGCUGCUGCAGAUGCAGUUGAUUCUGCACUAUGACGAGACGUACAGGGAGGUGAAGUACGGGAAUAUGGGGCUGCAGGACAUCGAUCGCAAGAUGCUGAUGGGAAUCAACGUGACCCCCAUCGUCGCCCUACUCUACACCCCCGUCCUGAUCAGGUUCCUGGGUGUGAAGUGGAUGAUAUUUCUGGCCACUGGAAUCUACUCUCUCUUCGUCUCCACAAACUACUGGGAGCGUUAUUAUACACUGGUACCAUCUGCUGUGGCCAUUGGAGUUGCUAUUGUACCCCUUUGGACUGCCAUGGGAAAUUACAUCACCCGUCCUCAGCAGUAUUACGAGUUUGUUCAUUUCAAAGAGGACCAGGUUCAAGAGCAGAAGAAACUGCCCAAGGGGGCGUGUCGCCGUUACAUCAUCAUCUUCCAAUCAGUGUUCUACUUCUUCUUCAACCUCAGCUUCGUCUGUGCUCAGAUGCCGAUGAUAUUUUUUCUCAAUCCAUAUUUCUAUCCCUUCAACCACACGCUCUACGGAGUCAAACAAUGCGGUCAGUUUACUUUUAAAAAUUACAUUGUAUUGCAUUGCCUCUCUCUCUCUCCUCUCCCUCUCUCCUCUCUCUUAGCUCUGCUCGGGAUCCUGUAUGAGGAUAAGGAGAGGCAGGACUUUGUUUUCACCGUCUAUCACUGGUGGCAGGCCAUGGCCAUCUUUGUGGUGUACCUGUGGGAGGGGCUGCCGUUUACUUCCAUGGGGUGGGGGGGUUGUUGGAGUGGAGGGGGGGUGGGGGGUUGGAGGGGAGAGGGGCAGGUGAAGGGGUAUCGCUAUCUGGAAGAGGAGAACUCUGAUGAGUCAGACUGCGAGGGGAAGGAGGAGGAGGAGGAGGAGGAGGAGGAAGAGCCCGUUAUUGCUCUGAUGCUCGUUGAUUACUUCCUCCUGUCUCCUCCCUCUCCCUCCUCCGCUCUUCUACUCCUCUCUCCCUCCUUCUCCUAA